CCCGGGGAGCUUCCGGUGCACCAUGACGUGGCUGCCAAUGGUGACUUUGAUUGCUUUGACCUUCCUGGCAACGGCUGCAGAGCAAUUGAGUCUGGCGCAAUUCCCUGAGGAGGAAGUGGCUUUGGCGCGCGGCAAGACUGCGCUGGUGACCGGUGCAGCGGGUUUCAUUGGGAGCCAUGUGGCCAGGCAUUGCCGGGAUCUUGGUAUGACCGUCCUUGCGCUGGAUGACUUGUCUGGGGGCUUCCCGGCCAAUGUGCCGGAGGGCGUGACCUUCAUUGAAGGAGACAUCCGCGAUGCAGAGCUGUUGGAACGGAUCUUUCAGGAGCACCAGCCCGUACACUAUGUCUACCAUUUGGCAGCCUAUGCUGCUGAAGGUCUGUCACACUUCAUCCGGUCUUACAACUACAGAACCAACCUGGUGGGAUCAGUGGAGAUUUUGAACCAAGCGAUCAAGCACCGGGUGCAUUGUUUUGUGUUCACCUCCUCUAUCGCUGUCUACGGUAGCAUUAACGAUCUGUCGCAGAUGCAGAAUCCCAAUCGUUCAUUGUCCACCAGCGGACACCGCAGUCCCCGUGUGGGGCAAGGUUUGAAGGAAGAAGACCGACCCACUCCCGAAGAUCCCUACGGUAUCGCAAAAUAUGCCUUUGAAUUGGACCUCCACGCGGCCAAAGAACUAUUUGGUAUUGACUUUGUGAUUUUCCGUCCACACAAUGUCUUUGGGCCACACCAGAACAUGUUCGACAAGUACCGAAACGUCGUUGGGAUCUUCAUCAAUCAAAUUUUUCACGAACAGCCAAUGACAAUCUUCGGCAACGGCGAGCAGGUGCGCGCCUUCAGUUACAUCGACGAUGUGGCCCCGAUCAUUGCGCGAGGGCCGCUAAAUCUGCGGGCACGCAAUGAGAUCUUCAACGUGGGGGCGGAUGUGCCCUACAGUGUGAACGAGCUGGCUACUGCCGUGGCGGAAGCCGCAGAUGCUGCCGGGCAUCCGAGGGAUUCACAACCAGCGCGGUUGGAAGUGGAGGUGGCAGUGUCCAAUCACGACAAAGUCAAAGACUACUUCGACGUGAAAUCUGCCAUCAGUCUUAAAGAGGGACUGAAGAGGACUGUGGAGUGGUACCGAGGCCAGGGACAUCUCUUCAAACCCGUUGAGUUUUCCUCCGUGGAAGUCAUCGAUCGCUUGCCCCCGGCCUGGCGGAGAGAGGACCUGGAGGAGAGUGCUGUGUGCCAUGGCAGCCGCGUGUCAGCUCAAAGAGAGGAGCUUUGAAAGACAAGGUUGCGACCACUGCUGUUGUUGUGAAGCUGGCCGAGCAGGAACAGAGGUCUUUGACGAGCAGGUCAUGGGCUCCGGAACUUCGUGGGACAAGCAGAAGAUUUCCAUGAGCUCGUCUGAUAGGAGGUGGAAGCACGACAUGACUGACUGAGUGCAAUUGCAGCAACGGCCCAGAUGAAAU